GCUGGAAGGGAGGGGAGGGGGACCUUGGGUCCGUCCCCUCAAGGAGGGCUGCUAUUGGCCGUAGUGGAUGCCAGUCGACGCUUCCUGCCUGCGCCGGGAGCCGAAAAGAGAGGUUGCAAGAAAGAGGAAGCGGGCGGAUUGGCCCUCGCUUGUUUCCCCUUGUCUAUGCGAAAGACCGAGCCGGAAGUCGGGCAGAAAGGGCGGCGCGGACGAGAGGCAAAGCUAAACCGGGCGUUCCCGGAGAAGGGCUUCUUCGAGGGCGGGAGGGAGAGAGCGAGGGAGCGCCUUUUCCUCUUCGUGGCCAUCCGAGAGCGACCCCAGCAUGGAAGCUGUCGCCAAAUACGACUUCAAAGCCACCGCGGACGAUGAGCUCAGUUUCAAACGGGGAGAUAUUCUGAAGGUUUUGAAUGAAGAAUGCGAUCAGAAUUGGUACAAGGCAGAACUCAAUGGCAAAGAUGGCUUCAUUCCCAAAAAUUAUAUUGAAAUGAAACCACAUCCGUGGUUUUUUGGGAAGAUUCCUCGAGCAAGGGCUGAGGAGAUGCUGGGUAAACAAAGACAUGAUGGUGCCUUCCUCAUCAGGGAGAGUGAAAGUGCUCCUGGUGAUUUCUCCCUCUCAGUCAAAUUCGGAAAUGAUGUGCAGCACUUCAAGGUGCUUCGAGACGGUGCUGGCAAGUAUUUCCUCUGGGUGGUAAAAUUCAAUUCUCUGAAUGAGCUGGUAGAUUAUCACAGAUCAACCUCUGUCUCCAGGAACCAACAGAUAUUCCUCCGAGACAUUGAGCAAGUGCCUCAGCAACCCUCAUACGUACAGGCUCUUUUUGAUUUCGACCCUCAGGAGGAGGGAGAGCUGGGCUUUCGCCGUGGAGACUUUAUCCAGGUCCUUGACAAUUCUGACCCCAACUGGUGGAAAGGAGCCUGCCACGGACAAACAGGCAUGUUUCCACGCAACUACGUUACCCCCGUGAACCGGAACAUCUAGAGCAGAUGGCUAAAGAUUAUUUAAGGAAAGAGGAAAAAACAGUACAGUCCGCAUUCAGAACCUAACAGCAGCCAGAGAUCUCCAGUCAUCAGGCCAUAAAACCGAGUCCCCUCAGGUCUGCAUGAGGGGGAACACUUUUUUUCACUCAGAAUGGAACUUUGUGGGGAGGGAACAGGAGAAGGGUCCAACUUAUGCACCAAAACUUUUCUUUAAAUUAAAAUGGAUAUUAACAGAUUUCUUUGGUUAUUUCUGGGGUGGCCCUUUUUGUUCACUGGUCCUUUUUCUCCCCAACACCAGUGCAUCAGUGUAUGAAGUGUUACUGCUAAAUGAAGUCCAUGCUAUGCCAGGAAGAGAGGAAGCUCUGUUGAUAUCUGCUAUUCAUGCAUACGGUCUUCGGGAAGGGACUGAGAGAGGAAGCCAAAUAUAUUAGCCAGUUUAAACACACACAACACUUAUGCUUCUACCUUCAGUGUUUUGCCUAAGAUAAGGUCUUAAUUUUUUUCCUCACUGCUUUUCAGUCUGAAAGUUGUUCAGCUGUGGAGCAGAGGGGAAGAUGGUAAAUAGGUUGUAGGAUUUUUCUGAGAAAACCUGCAUUACAACCAGAUCACGUUUUCAUUAAACGUGACAGCUUUUACUUUUCUUUUUAAUCAUGUGACUGAGCAUGUUCUUCUGUUUUUUUUUUAAUUAGUGCCUUUUCCCUUGUUUAACAAAAAACAGUUCACAAUUUUCAGUUUGUUUCUGUUUUUUAUGUAAAUAUUUAAGGAAUUGAAUGAGAGGAAUGUAACUUUAUUACAUGAAAAAGAUCUCCAUUCACCAGAUGGAGCUUUAAAAUAUGUAUAAGCAUUUGAUAUUUUUCAUACUAGUUGGGAAAAAGGCAUAAAAUGUCCCAAAACUCAGAGCCUGGGGUUCUUGAGCAAGAGAGAGAAAAUAGCCCCAGUUUGGGGUGGGGGGUGGGGGGGAGGCAUAUUUUACAAAGCCUAGGAUGAAAUUCCAAAUUAUUUUCCCCAAAGACAGUAAGGCCUCAAGAAAUUGGGCUUAAUUAUAGCGAAUGGUUGACCCUAAUGUUUGAGGAGAAGCAGUUCAGUCUGUCCAGAGUUGGCUUGACUCACAGUUGCAGUCGGUGACUAUCUUCCAGCAGUUCCCCAUUUUGCUCACCAGUAUUACGGUAGCUGGAAGAAUCAUCUUUCUUACUCUCAAAUCCCAGAAGGGAGAUUGUAUUCAACUUUUAAUCCUGAU